AUGAGUAUGGCUGAUUUAAAAGAACAAGAAUUCGUACACGACGUAUACAACGAAAUAGCUCCACAUUUCUCACAAACUCGUUACAAACCAUGGCCCAUCGUGACCUCUUUUUUAAAUGACCAAAAAACAGGUACCAUUGGUAUUGAUGUCGGAUGUGGGAAUGGGAAAUAUUUAAAUGUGAACCCGAACGUGUUCCUUAUUGGAUCAGAUAGAUCCUCUGGAUUGAUUGAAUGUGCGCAUGAUAUUAAUAAUCAAUAUAAUAUUUUGAUUGCAGAUGGGUUGAACUUACCUCAUCGUGAGAAUACUUUCGAUUUCGCUAUAUCAAUUGCAGUGGUACAUCAUUGGACUACCAGGGAGAGAAGAAUUGACGCUAUUGCUCAUAUCAUGAGUAAAGUUAGGAGCGGUGGUCAAGUUCUCAUAUAUUGUUGGGCUUUAGAACAAGGUGAGUCAAGGAGAGGAUACCAUGAAGGUAUGGAACAAGAUGUAUUGGUACCAUGGGUAUUACCAGAAACGACAAAGGAUACCAAGAAGAAAGGUGAAAAUAGCAAGAUAAUAUUAAAGGAAAAGAUGCCAGAUUUAACUAAUAUACCGCCAAAGGAUCGUUCAGAGUUUAUUGCCAAUUGGAAAAAGGAACAAGAAGAGAAACGUGUGGCAGCGGAAAAGGAAAGGCAAAAAGAAGAAGAAAAAGAAUGGAAGUCAGAAAAUGAUAAAGAAUCCAAGACUAAAUAUCGAUUUUAUCAUUUAUAUCGUGAAGGUGAAUUAGAAGAAGACUGUAAGAGUGCUGGAGGUAUAAUUGUAAAGACAGGUUAUGAAAAGGAUAACUGGUAUGUUAUGAUGUCAAAGCCAUGA